UUUGCAGAGGCAGAUGUGGAAAAUGCACCACCUGUUAGUUGGAACAAUGCGGCUCUUCUUUUUCCUCUCUCUUCUCGUCUAACCUCAACUCUUCCGAAGUCCCAGUUUACUGUGGAGGGCAAAUUCAUCGUCACAACAGCUGCUGUGGCUGCUGAAGAACUCAGUGAGAAUGACUCCCAUAAGGUUGAGGAUUGGCUCAAGCUGGUUCGUUCUACUGGUACCAUGCGAAUCAAUUGCUGUCAUUAA